AUGGUACUCCCGUCCCUCACCACCAAAUAUCAUCAUGCUCCAUACCCAAGCAUCGAUCCCAAUCGGCCUGAACUUUCAGCUUCAGGCAAGGUCGUAGUCGUGACCGGAGGUGGCACGGGGAUCGGAGCUGCAACUGCUCUCGCCUUUGUCACGGCUGGAGCCAGGGUGGUUGCGUUGCUCGGGCGUCGACCUCAGCCAUUGCAAGAGAGCAAAUCCCAGAUCCAAUCAGCGUACCCAUCUGCAGAAAUUCUCACAUUUCCACUUGAUGUUACAGACGAGGCCGCAGUGGGCGAUUGCUUUGCUUCCCUGACUCAUCGAUAUCGGGGAAUAGACGUCUGCAUCAACGCGGCGGCAUAUCUAUCCGAUCAGGGCACCAUUGCUGCUGGACCAGUCUCGGAAUUCUGGAAAGCGUUCGAAGUGAAUGUGAAAGGGGGCUUUAUUGUCGCACAACAAUUCCUUCGCAACGGCUCCCGUGACGGUUCUGUCUUGAUUGGCAUCAACUCUCUAAUUGCACACCUUCCGGCGUCGAUUGUGGAGCAAUGUCCCGCCAGCUACGCGAGCAGUAAGAUCGCACUGGCAAAGCUGUACGAAUAUGUCGCCUCCGAGAAUCCCGGUGUCCGUUGUUAUUCUCUGCACCCUGGGGUCGUCGAGACUGAGAUGGCAGCUAAAAGCGAUGCCAUGGCGCCCCCACAGAAGGACAAUCCCUUCCUUCCCAGAGACGAGGGUAAGUGGCGCCCCAUCCAGAUGGUCUCCGUUCGCGAUCAAACAACCUUCUUGCACGUUGAUGAGAGACGAUACUGA